AUGGGAUACAUAUCAGGAAUUUUUCGAUUGGUGGUGGCUACCACUUUGUGGCAUUACAUCACAGGAACUUUUUAUUAUCCUCCCAACACAACAGAAUCUUUGGCAUUUGGUACUGAAGUUAUGGCUUCCUCCAUUUGCCCAUCUGGAAGCACCACAUAUAUCGGCUGUAACUACUGUGCCACUCGUAACAACUGGCCUCAACAAAGGGAUGUUUUACAAAACUUGAACGAAGAUGCUACUGGAUGUUCUAACUCUGUAAAGGGUGACAUGCCUGGAUCAGCAGAAAGGAACAAUGGAGCUCUCUCAGCUAAUCAGAGCUCCAAUUGUACGUUUUCCGUGUCAAUUCCUGCUGUCACAAACAAAGGGUAUACAAUAUCCUUCUGGAUCAGGCAGAGUACAAUUGCCUGUGAUGAUUGUCCGUUGUUCUCAUUGACCUCAGGCAGCAAUACUCUCUAUCUAAAGAUUACAAAUAGAGGAAGGAAUAUUGUUUUGGCAUCAGCUAGUGGCAGUACCAUCAAAAGCAAUCUAGAUGACAAUGUCGAUAAAUGGAAACAUAUUGUGCUGAGAUUUUUGGAAUCCACCUGUGAUUAUUACCUGGAUGGAGGUUAUCGGAAUUCUUUUGUUAAGACAUGGUUUCCUUCCUUCUCUACAAAAGGGGACAUUAAGUUUGACAAUUAUUCUGUUAUCAAUCCUUCUACUGCAACCAUUAAGCUGUUAGAUCUUCGUUUCUUCGUUGAAGCCAUUACUCAAAGGGAGAUUGUACAGUUGUCUUCAUCUUCAUCACCAGACAUGAACACACCUCCCUUAAAUUGCCGCUGCCCUCCAACACACCCAAUCCUUCGGGAUUCAUCUUCAGACAAUCUUUUAGUGUGUAGCAACCGUACAUCAAACACUGUACCACGCCUUCGGACAGAGACUCACCUGCCGAUUUUUGCUAUUGACAAUGACCCAGACACAAGUUGGGUAACAAAACCUACAGAACGAGCAUGGAUAUUUCUCAGGAUGAAUCGAGUGUAUCAGGUUGAUGGUAUCACAAUUGAAGUAAACAAUACAAUCCCAUUGUAUGUUAUCCUUCAGUUUGGGUCAAACCUUGGGACAGAUCAUCAAGAUGUGACCAUUCAGCCUGAUUCCAACACUACUACUUGGUCGUCUGGAAGUAUUACUGAUAUAGACACCCGCUCAGAGUUGAUGAAGCGUUUAGUGAGUACUAUCAACAUCACCUUAUCUGGUCAUGCCGAUUCUGCAGAUGAUUAUCGUGUUGUGGAGAUUAAAAUCAAUAGAAGGUUCAACUGUUUUGGAAACGCUGAUCAUCUCCAAGUAGGAGGCGGUUGUGCUUGUCUAAGUAUUACACGUACAACUGGAGAGGAUUGUGGCACAUGUCACACAGGGUAUUACCAGUCUCCAGAUGAUUUUAACUGUCCUUAUCCAUGUAACUGUAGCAGUGCACCAGGAAUUGAAACCACAGGACAGUGCAAUCAGGAUGCAGGAGGAUGUUUGUGUAAGACAAAUGUACAGGGCUACCACUGUGAUACCUGUAAAAAUCUCUUCUUUAACCUCACUUCCUCCAAUGUUGAUGGAUGCAUGCCAUGCACAGCCUGUGAUCAAUCCGGCAGUGCGAGCUGUGACAAUAACGGAGCUUGUCAGUGUAAAAGUCAUGUGACUGGAACGCAAUGUAACAGUUGUGCCCCCAAUCAUUACGGUCUCCGGGAUCCUGGUAUUGAAGGCUGCCAGCCCUGUGCCUGUAGUACAGAAGGCACUGACACAUCAAUGAGUACUGUAUGUGACACUGUAUCAGGCAACUGCACCUGCAAACUUCACGUCACAGGUAGACAGUGUGAUAUGUGUAAACCAGGAUUCAAAAAGCUGAAUUUUAGAAAUUCCAUGGGAUGUGAGAAAUGCCUUUGUAAUAAAGUUGGUUCUCAGGAUAUCACAUCAUGUGACAUGGCCUCUGGGCAGUGUUUAUGUCUGUACACUGUCUCCAACAACCUACAAUGUAAUCCAAUGUUUGACUCUGAUAGUUUAGUACCAGCUUUUGGUCCAGUGGCUGGAGGCACGGAUGUUACAGUCACAGGAAACUUCUUCAAACAUAAUAGUGACAACACUGAAGUAAAGGUCUUGGACAUCAGCAGAAAAGGGUUCUUCACCAUUAAAAUAUUGGAGGAGAAACGCCUGGUGUUUGUAACCAAUAGCAGCAGUGAUACAGGUUUGAUUAACAUAGAAGUACAGUGGCCAGGAUCUGUGGGAAUGGAAAAGAUGGAUUUCCGAAAAAAAUUCACGUUCACAUUCAAAGCCAAUCCUGUCGUUACAGAACCGAUGAACGCUACAGUAUUCAAAAGUGGUGGUUGUUUUGUGAAGAUCAAGGGAAGUAACUUUGGAAGUGUGUUUAAAUCUAGACUGAUCACUCAUGUUAGAAACACAGAGGUCUUGCAAGGGCCCUGUAUAACUGUUGGAGAAAGUUUGAUCAACUGUCUGUCUCCUGAUCUCAGAAAUUACACAGGUUUGUCAACAACCAGCUAUGGGCUACAACUGGAUGGUUUGAAAAUGUACGAGGAUCUGAGUGCUAUGUUUCCUGGUGGUACAAUCAAGGUUAUAGAGGAUCCAACAGUAGAACCCAACAAUGCUUUAACCAUUGACAAUGUCUUCACAAAGAAUCUAGUUAUUAAGGGCUCAAACUUUGACAAGGCCUGUGAGGAUAACAUUGAGGUAAAACUUGGAGAUGAUGUCUGUCCUAUAGAAUCAUUGACCAGUGAUCAAAUCACCUGUUCUCCAGUGAUCCGAUUUCCUGGGGAGACUAAGGAAUCUGAACUUAAGGUCAUCAUCGGAAAUUUCCAGUCGACUGUGGGAGUUGUGAAGAUAAAGUCAUUCUGGAUUACCUGGCAGUUUAUUAUCAUCGCUGCAGGUGUGGGUGGCGCUGUCAUUCUUAUCAUCACAACUGUCAUCAUAGUAAAGUGCUGUCAUCGAUGUCAGAAAAAUAAAAUGGGAAAAGACAGAAAGCAUUCCAAUGAAGGUUCGGUUGAUGGUGUAGACUUGUUCUCGUACACACAUAUAGAAACAGACAUCAGGUCCUCCAUGCCAGGAGCAAGUCAGUUUGACAGCCUUGAAACACCAAUUGUUCCCGAAAAAACUACCAAUAACCUACCUCGUCGUAACAACUACACAGACAUGUCAGGUCAUCCAUUGACACCUAUUGAGAGUGAGGAAAGCAUUGUGGAAACAUUCCUUCACAAACUAGAAGCUACCCUGCGUGAUGAGGUGAAUUCUAGUCUAUCUAAGCGUUCUGUAAUUAAACUUGGACUUCGCUGUACACAAAAAGGGGCUGAGAUUCGAGUGAUAGAUGGACAGUUUCAGGAAGGUCCCUUUCAAGGGCAGGAUGCUACUAUCAAAACCACUGUUCAGGAAUUUAAAGACUUUGGUGAAGAUAUCUUGCCUCGGUGGGUAGGUUCAGGUUUAGCUGAGACCUUACGUUUCCGAGAUUGCUUUCAAGAAAAUAUCCAUCGGAGUUGUGGCAUCACUGUAGAUGAAAAUCGUUUUUAUGUCCUAUAUCCUGCCACACAGAGAAUCCUUAAGGAAUAUUUACGAGACAGAAAGCAGGAGUUCACAUUCUUCUCUUUGAUAGAGAUCUGUCAGAAGAUUGCUGAAGCAAUGGACUACCUCAGCUCUAGUGAUAUUGUUCAUCGUGACAUUGCUUCUCGUAACUGUGUGGUAUGUCCAGGUGAUGUUGUGAAAAUCACAGAUGCUUCAUUUUCUUGGAGCCUGUUCCCAGAUGAGUACAUGUAUGACUCUGAACGUGAACGCUGGCUUCCUGUACGAUGGAUGGCCCAGGACAGUCUUCAGUACGGCUUCUACAGUACCAGUACAGAUGUGUGGUCAUACGGCGUGUUGAUGUGGGAAGUGAUGUCACGUGGUGUUGUGCUGCCCUACUUCGAUAUAGAAAAGAAUGAGGAUAUCAAAGACCAUGUGAUUAGUGGGUUUCGUCUCGGAAAACCAGAGACUGUACCUGACGAAAUGUACAGUCUGAUGCUGUCUUGUUGGGAUACGGAUCACACCAAACGUCCUGCUUUUGUUCGCAUAAUUGAACGCUUAAUGGAUAUUCUGAAUCCACCAGAGUCUCCUAGUAAGUUGUAUCAGAACCAACAAAACGACGAACUUCCGGAGUAUGGAAAUAUACCAGAUGACCGACCCAAGCUUCCCUCACGUGCCAAUAUGCCACCUAAGAACGGCAAUAUCAACUUUGGAUAUAGAUGAUAAAUAGAACAAAGUUUCUGUGUGACUUAGACGGCUACAUCAUUAGCUAUUUAUAAAGACUUUAUAACUGCAAUAUACAAGCUUCUAACAUCAUUGCAUCACUGUUGUCACUGUUCAUUUUAAUUACUUUGUAUCUUAAUUAGAGAGGAAGCAUCCUCCUUUACACUGAAACAUGAUGUAUUUUAAAAUAGCUGUGAACAGUUUUAAGUUCACCUUAAGAAUAUUUGGUGGAUACCUAGCUAUCAGCUUUAAACACAAUGAGUGUAGUAUCUCAUAGUGCCAUAUUUUCCUUGUAUUCAAUGAUACAAACCAAAGUGUGUUUUGUUAAAAGAUGUUUGAUCAGAAAAUUUAUCUCCAAUGAAUCAUGUAUCUCUCCAAACAAAAAUGUGUCUUCUCAUGAGAGGUGUGUUUAGUCGAAACAAGAUAUUUAUUGUAAAAAGAAGAUCCAACAAAGUCAAAACAGAGUGAUGUGUAGUAUCAGAUAAGAUUUUUUUUUCUGCCCAGAAUUUGUUCUAACAAACUAUAUCUGGUCAACAGCAUUUGGUUCAGCAAAGUACAAGUAUGGUAAAAAUAAGUUCUGUAAUUGUUCUGUUCUUCAGUGUUCUCCCAGACAGAAAAAGACUUGCUUAAUUUUUUGAUAAUCUUUUAAUUUAUUGUUUAUUGAAUUUACCAACAUAUAAACAUUUGUAAAGAGGAGAUGAAUACUUUUAGGGACAGACUCAACAUUGAUGGUCAUACACUUCAAUAUCAGGGUAGAAAUAACGCUCUUAUUUAAAUAAUGUUUAUAUGAUCAGAAUUUCUGUUUCUUGCGUAUUUGAUCAAUGUAUAUAUGGUAUAUGAAUCAUAUGUUUAUAUGAGAGACAUGUUUUUGUAUUUAUGAAGUAUUUUUUGUUAUAGAGCCAGCUUUUAAUGUAUUUAAUCAGAGUAGCUGAUGUAAAUUAAACAGAUUUGUAAGAUCUUUAACCCAUGUUGAUACCGUUUUGUUUUGCAUAAUACCUAACAAAAAGAGACACAUAUUUUGUCUCAAUAUAUUAAAUGAUACAAGGUAUUAUAAUAGCUAGCUGGAUACCCUCCAAGGGUUUGUAUAAUUUCCAAACCUAAAGUCUGAUUAGUUGAUGAAAGUUAAAUUUUGGCAAAAUAGUUAUUUAUUUGUUAAUAACCCCAUGGCAGGUAAUAAGCCCACCCAUCCUUAUGCCGCCCACCUCUGACUUUUUAGUCAAAAGUAAUUAAUGUGAUUAAAUCGCAUUAAAUACCCACAUAAGUAUGUGUGUUGCCACUGCCCCUCCCCCAAUUUUCAAUUUCAAAUCUACUGCUAGCUGGCUAGCAGCCUAAAUGUAAAGCAAGUAAAACACUCCUGCCUCGCUAAAUCUUGCUAUCCUCCAUAUAUUUAGUGAUAUACCUUUACUCUGUAAUGAUACACAAGGAAAUGUGAUAUUUAAAACUCUAUCUAGAUAGUUUAUCCUUUAUUUUUUAUUGAUAUUGAUGUAAAAUAUCUGAUUCUCUAUUUUAUGUGUUAUCAUGUGAUUCACACAAAUUUAUAUUUUAAAUUGAAAUUACUGCGUUACUAUUUAUAGGUAAUACACAACUUAAUUUUCACAGUGAACUCUGAGCCCAAGACCUUUGGUGUAAUGCUUUAAGUUUUAUGAAAUGACAACUUGAACCCAAGACCUUUGGUGUAAUGCUUUAAGUCCAGGUUUCACUAACAAGGCAUGAUAUGAUAAAAAGAUUUUGUUUCUAUGAGUUCCUGACUUAGUGCUGUUCCAGUAAAAUGUCUACUUAACCAUAGGAUUCCAGAAUAUAUUAUUUCUAUAAUUUGGUAUACAAAAUAUCUGUUAAAUUCUUGUAAAUAAAACCUGUAGUGCUGGGAUGGGAUAAAUACAUCAGAUAACCAGUAUCUAUUCAAGUCAGAUAGCUUUUAUGUAAAAGUUCCAUAAUUAGAUAAACUGUCAUUUUUUUAAGGCAUAUUCACAAUAGAAAGCGAUUGUGACUAAUAGUGUAAAUGGUAUCAGCUAGAGAGAACUAAAUUCUCUUUAACUUGAUUUAAGAAAGUGGUAGUAUAUUAAGGCUAGUAUAUACCAGGGUUACAAAUCUGUAUUGAAAAAUUACUUUUAAUCCAUGUAUAAUGAUAAUGGUCUGAAAGUGAAUUUAGGCUUUAUAACCUGUACAAUGUUGCUUCAUGAAUGUUGAUAAUAUUUUAUGAUAUAAAUUUCUGGAAUGGUUGACCUUUAUGAGAAUCUCAUCAUUUGCAUUUACACAAAUGUUGAUUUUGAUAAAUGUAAGUGUAUGAAUUUAUUUGGUGUAUACUACUUUAUUUUUAAACAAAUGUUUGGUUUUGAUAAAGAAAUUCUUUAAGAUGUUAAUGUUAAGUGUU